AUGCAGAGUGGUGACUCCAAAAAGGUGGUGCGGAUGUUUUACCGAAUGAAUUCUCUGGAUGAAAAUCUAAACAUUUGGCCUGAUGCUGUUAGCCUUUGUAACAUACUUCCUGCGUUUGUUGCGCUUCGUGCGUCUAUGCAAGGGAAGGAAGUUCAUGGUUAUGCCGUGAGGACCAACCUCGUUAAGGAUCUGUUUGUGGGUAAUGCGAUUGUGGACAUGUAUGCGAAAUGCGGGUUGAUUGAUGACGCGCAUAAGGUUUUCAAGCGCAUGGAGGUGAAAGAUGUGGUAUCCUGGAAUGCAAUGGUUACUGGGCUUUCGCAAAUCGGUAGAUUUGAAGAUCCUCUCGCGUUGUUUGAGAAGAUGAGAGGAGAGAAUAUAACAUGGAGUGCUAUGAUUGCUGGUUAUGCUCAAAGAGGCUAUGGUUAUGAAGCACUUGAUGUUUUCGGGCAAAUGGUAGUUUUCGGAUCAAGUGAGGAGGUGAAGAGGAAGACUUUCUUGGAUUUUUGUAUUGUUUACAAAGAAAAAGGGGGAGUAAAAAUUUUGAAAUUCCUGUUUUUCUUUGUAAAUCAAAAGCUCGUGUUGCUACAUCGAAACAAGUUCAUGUUUACUAUCUUUGAGAUUAACUUAGUGUUAAUCUUACCGGUGGCGAAGUGUUUAAAACAUGAAGCAAGUUAG